AUGCCAAACGUUGCUACUUUCCUAGGGCUGGUUAUGUCCGGAGCAGCGAGUGCAUCCGCCGCAGCGCUGGGUGCAUACAAUGUAGACCCGAAUUCAAUUUCCGUCUCUGGGCUCUCCAGCGGAGGGUUCAUGUCUGCGCAGCUUGGAGUUGCAUACUCUGAUACUUUCAAGGUCGGGUUUGGGGUCUUUGCCGGAGGCCCGUAUGAUUGUGCUCGUGGGCAAUCGUAUACUACAUGCAUGUACAAUCAAAGCCCAUCCAUCACAGCCCCCAUCGCCAACAUGAAGACCUGGAGCGGCAACCAGAUCAACCCAGUCAGCAACCUCCAAAACCGCAGGAUCUAUAUGUGGAGCGGAACCGCCGACACCACCGUCGGUCCGAACGUGAUGAGCCAGUUGAAGGCGCAGCUGGCGAACUUUGACGCUGCGGCCAACGUCUUGUACAUCACGACCAGCGGCGCGGUGCACACCUUUCCCACUGACUUUGACGCAUCCGGUGACAACUCGUGCAGUUCGUCUGUCUCUCCGUAUAUCAGCAACUGCCAGUAUGACGGCGCAGGGGCUGUUCUAAAGUGGAUGUAUGGGUCGUUGAAUGCUAGAAAUACUGGCACACUGUCGGGAUCGAUUGUGUCCGUUAGCCAGACGGGCGAGUAUGGCGCCAGCGGGAUGGAUACCACUGGAUAUCUGUAUGUCCCUAAAGCAUGCCAGUCUGGGUCUUCGACUGUUUGCAAACUGCAUGUCGCCCUGCAUGGCUGCCUGCAGAGUUACAGCAUGAUUGGCAGCAAGUUCAUUUCUAAUACCGGGUACAACAUGUGGGCGGAUACCAAUAACAUUAUCAUUCUCUACCCGCAAGCAGUGGCGGAUAACACCAUUCACACCGUCUGGACGGGGAUGUCGCUGUCCAACCCGAACGGUUGCUGGGACUGGGUUGGCUGGUAUGGAGCAAAUGCUGACCAGCUCGGAGGCGUGCAAAUGGCUGCGAUUGUGAACCAAGUGGCCCAGAUUGUCAGUGGCUUCGGCGGCGGCAGCAGUUCCUCAACGACUACUGCUACUCCCACGACUACCACCGUCUCUAAAACAACAACAACUACUACAGUCACCACGACCGCUGUUGCCCCAUUGUAUGGACAGUGCGGUGGACUCGGCUGGACGGGUCCGACGGCUUGUGCCACCGGUGUUUGCACGGCCUAUAGCGCUUAUUAUGCACAGUGUCUCCUGGUAGUGUAG